GUAAUACAUGCAAAAAGUAUCUUUGACGCAGUGAUAAGGUUCUAAAUAACUAAAUAAAAACAAAAAUAGUGAGUACUCCCCGCUUCUAACCGAUGUGCGCAUGCGCGCUGAGCAUUGUGUUGGACGUUUCGCCGCGUAGUAAGGAAUGGCCGAACACCGGAAGUGUGGUUUUAGGUCAAAUAAGUGGUCUUUACACAUAAAAAAUGGCGCUGCCGUACUAAUAACUAAUAAGAAUUAACACGUUUAACCACACUAUAUUCAGUUUUCUUCUCUAUGUGGAGUUGCUCGACGCUUAAAUAUGAUAAUGAACGUCAUCGUCUUAUUCUCCACGGCAUUUUGUUGAAGGGUAGCAACGGAAGUAGUUUUUGCCAGCGGACCCCCUAUCCUGACACCUCACUUAAAAGUAUGGCUUUCUGAAGUUUACUACGCAAAAGACACUUGUUUGAGAGAUGUGGCUGUUGCUGCUGCUCGCCGGCCUCCUGGCUCUCUUCUGCAGCUUGGACGCGUGGUACUUUUUGCGGGCAGCCGUCGUGGUGGUCCGCGCCUGGCUGCAGCCUCCGAUGCGCGACGUGACGGGCGAACUGGUCAUGACGGGCCGGGUGGCCCCCCGCGACAUCGACAUGUGUCACAUGAACAACGCCCGCUACCUGCGCGAGUGUGACUUUGCCCGCUUCUCGCUGUACAUUCGGAACGGCAUGUUCAAGGCGCUGCGGGCCCUCAAGGCCUCCAUGGUGGUCGGGGCGACCACCAUCCGCUUCCGCAGGCCACUUUACAUCGGUGAAGCGUAUGAGCUUCGGAGUCGGGUAGUGACGUGGGACGACAAAGCCUUCUUCCUGGAGCAGAGGUUCGUGUCGAGCAAGGACGGACUGGUGUGCGCCAUCAUGUACUGUAAGCAGACUGUCCUCCGUAGCAGCCCGGACAGUAUCAUGCAGUAUCUCUGCAAGCGGAAGGUGGAAUGUCCCGAAUUCCCAGAGGACCUUCAGCACUGGAUCAGCUUCAUCUCAGCCAGCAGUCAGAGCCUAAGAGCAGAAAGCGGCCUCCCGGAGAAGGACAAAUAAGAAAGGACUUUAUUUUUUCUUACAGUGACACCUCGAUAAAUGAGAUCAACAAAGAGGAUUAUAAUUGCAUAUAGAUGCUACAUGAUGGUGGCAAAAUACUUUAAAUGGACAGGAUCGUAAUAAAGGCACCUAAGGCAAACAAUCAUGAAUCCAUGUUGUUUCAUAAAGACUUCAUUAUAAGGUGCAUUUGGCAUAAUGUAAAUCUCAAAAACAAUGAAUUAAUUCAAGCUAAUAUGAAAAAUGCACCAGAUUUGGCCUGUUUUUCAUUCAAAUAAUGAUCAGUCGACAUAUCAUAAAUGUUACAGAGGUAUGAAAAAGUAUCUGAACCCUUGGAAUUUCUCACAUUUCUGCAUAAAAUCACCAUCAGAUGUGAGCUGGUCUUUGUCAAAAUCACACAGAUGAAAAAACGGUUAACUAAAACCACCCAAACAUUUAUAGCUUUUCAUUUUGUAAUGAGGAUAGUAUGCAAACAACGACAAAAGGGGAAAAAUAAGUUAACCGUCACAUUUAGUAUUUUGUGCUCCCCCAUUUGGCGGCAAUAACUUUAACCAGACGCUUCCUGUAGCUGAACAUCGAUCAGGACUAAUCUUGGCCCAUUCUUCUCUACAAAACUGCUGUAGUUCAAUCAGAUUCUAGGUAUGUCUGGCAUGAAUCACUGUAUUUAGGUCAUGCCACAGCAUCUCAAUUGGGUUCAAGUCUGGACUUUGACUUGGCCACUCUAGAACGUGUAUUUUGUUCUUCUGGAACCAUUCUGAAGUUGAUUUACUUCUGUGUUUUGGAUCAUUGUCUUGUUGCAGCAUCCAUCUAAUUUUUAGUUUCAACUGUCUGACAGACGGCCUCAGGUUUUCCAGCGAAACAUCCUGAUGAACUUUGGAAUUCAUUCUUUUAUUAAUGAUUGCAAGUUGUCCAGGCCCUGAGGUAGCAAAACAGCCCCAAAUCAUGAUGCUCCCUCCACCAUGCUUCACGGUGGAGAUGAGGUGUUGAUGUUGGUGAGCUGUUCCAUUUUUCCUCCACACAUGACGUUGUGUGUUACUCCCAAACAAUUCAACUUUGGCUUCAUCAGUCCACAAAAUAUUUGCCCAAACUUCUGUAGAGUUCCAAGUGCCUUUUUGCAAACAUUAACCGAGCAACAAUAUUUUUUUAGAACCCAAUGGCUUCCUCCGUGGAGUCCUCUCAUGAACACCAUUCUUGGCAAUAGUUUUACAUGUAGCUGAUGUGUGCACAGAGGUAUUAGACUGUGCCAGUGAUUUCUGUAAGUCUUUAGCAGACACUCUAGGGUUCUUUUUUAUGUCUGAGUAUUCUGCGCUGAACUCUUGACGUUAUCUUUGGUGGACGGCCACUCCUUGAGAGAGAAGCAACAGUGCCAAACUCUUUCCAUUUGUAGACAACUUCUCUGACUGUCGAUUGUUGAACAUCCAGACUUUUAGAGAUGGUUUUGUAUCCCAGCUUUAUACAAAUCAACAAUCCUUGAUCGCAAGUCUUUAGACAACUCUUUUGACCGAGCCAUAAUGCACAUCAGACAAUGCUUAUGAUCAAGACUAGUCUUACCAGGUGUGUGUUUUAUAGUGGGCAAGGCAGCUUUAACCCUUUAUUCCCAAAUGUAUCACAUUUGAUACACCUAAAAUUUCAAAAUUUUUGAGACUAGUUAAGAAUUUUGACGUUUCUUUUUGUAGAAAAAAAAUGAUGAAUGCAAGUCAACAUAUGCAACUGCAGGUUCCAUGAGAAAAAGAAACCAGAUUUAGCAAGGGUUAUAGAUAUUAGAGCGCUUAUUACACAUAUUCAUUUUGACUUUUUACAAAUUUGAAAAAAAGGUUUCAUGAAGACCUUAUUUUUCAAAUGUUGUGAUUCUCUGACAAUUGCUUCAUAUUGCAGGCAUUGAAGGGUUAAACCACUCAUCAGUGAUUGAGCACACACCUGACUUAAAAUGUUUGGUAAAAAUUGGUUUCAAUUGCUCUUAAGUCUCCUUAGGCAGAGGGUUCACUUACUUAUUUUCCCCCUUCUGUCAUUGUUUGCAUGCUAUCCCCAUUAAAAUAUGAAAACCUAUUCAUGUUUGGGUUGUUUUAGUUAAAGGAAAUACUGUAUUUUCAUCUGUGUGAUUUUGACAAAGAUCAUAUUACAUUUGUUGGUGAUUUUAUGCAGAAAUGUGAGAAAUUCCAAAAGGUUGAUCCUUUUUCAUACCACUGUAUAUGAAAACAUUUUAUAAAGGUUGAAAAGUUACCUAGUGUUGUUUUAGUUUAGUCCAUGGCAAUGAAAGAGUUUAUGAAUUUAAAAAAAUAAUAAUUUUGGGCUUUUUUAUAUAUGUUGUACCGAAAGUAUGCUUGAAUUUUAGAGGGGAACUGUUUUUCUUUAAUUUAUGUUGGGACUCUGUAACAUUUGAAUGUUAAAAUUUGAUUGUUAAACUACACGGGAUUUACUCCCAAUUUCUGCCAUUUGUUUUUGUCAUUUCAUUUUUGUAUUGCCGUAAGUAUAUAAAAACGUAACGGAACACAAGCUCCCUAAAUCAUCAACCGUAAUGUUAACACAGCCAAGAAAUUUGCCAUGGAAUGAAUUUGUAGCCCAAACGAAUGACAUCAUUGUUUUCUUUGUAAGAACAUGUAAUCAUCCAACUGGUCUGUCAUCACAACUCGAAGAAGUGACAAAACGACCAAACAAUUCAAAGUCGUGCGUUUCUUAUUAUAGCUAAACGUUGCGUGAUAAAAAUGUAAUCACUAGUUUGUCCCAAAAGGCGCAUGUAAAUGACACCUGAGGACUUGUUCACGUGUAAUGGGCGCGGAGAGAAUUAAUAUUGUUGAAGGGUCUGAAGUGUAAGUAAUAAGAAAGAGCGUAAAGUUUAAAAUUAUCGUGUCACAAUAAUAGUGUAACGGACUUUUUAAGCGCGGUUCAGCCAUGUCUAUAAAGGUACGUUAAAUUGAUCUAUGAUGUGGUGUUUUGGAAUUUCGGGGUUCCGUGAAGAUUAUUACACCUGUAUGAUUGGUCGAGAAUGCGGAAGUGAAUUGUAAUAUGACUGCUGAGUAAUGCAAAUUGUUGUUGGCGUAUGUUUUACAGCCAAAUGAGCCGUGAACACAGAGCCCCGAAAACGAAAAAUGUCACCAUUAAAGG